AGCUGCUGAUUGGAUCAAUCAUCCCCGCGACUGUCGCACGUGUGAAUCCCUUUCAACGGUUCUUCUUUUCCGAUUUCAUCAUGGCGGACAAGGUGCUGAGCAUGGAGGAAGUGGCCAAGCACAACACCAAGGAGGAUUGCUGGGUUGUGCUCUAUGGCAAGGCCUACGACUUGACGAAGUUCGCCAAGGUCCACCCGGGCGGUGCCAAGCUCAUCACUGACGCCGCCGGCAUGGACGCCACGCAGAUCUUCGAUCCCAUCCACCCCAAGGAUAUCAUGGACAAGCUCCUCAAGCCCUCCUUGACCAUGGGAGUGGUGGAUGCUGCCACCAUCAAGCCCGAGCAUGUGGCCAAGAUUCCUGAGGCGCCCAAGCCCGCGCCGAAGAAGAAGAAGGUCGAUUCCGACCAGGCAGAGGAAGAGGUCGAGGAAUUCAAGAAGCCGCCGCUGAACGCCAUGCUGAACACCUUCGACUUCGAGUCCGUGGCCCGCGAGGUCAUGGAGCCACAAGCCUGGGGCUACUACUCCUCGGGCGGCGACGACGAGAUCACGCUCCGCGACAACCACAUGGCCUUCCAGCGCAUCACCAUGCGCCCGCGCAUCCUGGUGAACGUCCGGGAGAUCGACAUGUCCACCCAGAUUCUGGGCGUGCCGGCCUCUUUGCCUCUCUACUUCACUGCGACCGCCCUGGCGAAGUUGGCCCAUCAGGACGGCGAGGUCGCCAUCGUGAAGGCGGCUAAGAAGGCUGGAGUGCCUUACAUGCUGCCCACCUUGAGCAGCUACACCUUGGACGAAAUGUUGGCCGCCAGGGCUCCUGACCAGACGGUCUUCUCCCAACUCUACGUGAACCCCGAGCGCUCCAGGUCCGAGGAGUACGUGCAGAAGUUGGAGCAGGCGGGUGUCCAGGCGCUCUUUGUGACGGUGGACGCCCCACAGCUGGGCCGACGGGAGAAGGACAUGAGGAACAAGUUCACCCAACAGGGCUCGGACGUGCAAGGCGACGACGAGGAAGAAGGCGGUGUGGAUCGUUCUCAGGGUGCCACGCGCGCCAUCAGCAGCUACAUCGAUCCGGGGCUCAACUGGGAGGACGUGCCUUGGUUGAAGAGCAUCACCAAGAUGAAGGUCUUGCUAAAGGGAGUGCAGUGUGCGGAGGAUGCCGUGAUGGCCUUCAAGGCCGGGCUGGCGGGCUGCGUCUUGUCGAACCACGGCGGAAGGCAGCUGGACACCUGCCGUCCCGGCAUUGAGGUCUUGCCUGAAGUCAUGGAGGCCUUGAAGGAGGCAGGCGCCACCAAGGAGAACUUUGCGGUCUUCAUCGAUGGCGGCGUGCGCCGCGGUGGCGAUAUCUUCAAAGCCGUGGCACUGGGUGCACAGGCGGUGGGCGUGGGCCGUCCGGUGCUGUACUCCUUGGCCUCCUAUGGCAUGAAUGGCAUCGUCCGUAUGGUGCACAUGCUGCAAGAUGAGCUCCAGAUGGUGAUGCGUCUCUCCGGCACACCCGACAUCCCCAGCAUCACCGAGAAGCACGUGAUCAUCACCAACCUGGCUGAUCACAUCGUGCCUUUGCCCACGGACUUCCUGACUCAGAGGACCUACCAGGGUCUUGAGCCCGCGGCCAAGCUUUAAGGCCCAGGCGACCAUUUUGGUCGACCUUUUUUCCCAUGUCUUCCAGCGAGGAAACGCUGAGACGGCGGACAAAGUGCCCGCAGGAAUUUCUCGCCCGAGAAAGGACCAAUGAGCUGUUGACCCAGGUUGGUGAGAG